AUGGACGACACACACUACGAGCAGACGCUGCGCAAGGUGGGCAAGGUCGAGCCGGGCAAGGUCCGGGGCCUGCAUGAUGUUGGCCAAGGCGAGCGGGAGCAGGUGGCGGCAAGGACCAUGCGAGUGUUUGUCUCGUCGACGUUUACCGAUCUGAUGAACGAGCGGGAGGAGGUGAUCAAGCGGACGGCGCCCGAGCUGGCAGCCUAUGCCAGCGAUGUGGGCAUCCACUUCUCGGCCAUUGAUCUUCGCUGGGGCAUCACCAAAGAUGCUGCUGCGCAGGGUCAGGUGCUGGAGACUUGUCUGGCAGAGCUCGCUUCGUGUGCUCCCUUCUUUAUCUGCAUUCUCGGUGAUCGCUACGGAUGGGCCCAGCCACAUCCCUCACUCGCCCAGGAUCCGCUGCUAGCCGCCACCUUUGACGCUGCGGCCGAGGCUGGCCACUCUUGGGUCCACGACUACAGCCAGUGCUCGAUGACUGAGCUCGAGGUUGUCGCUGGCGCGCUCGCGCAUCCCAAGGCCGUCUACGAGCGCGCAUUCUUCUACUUUAAGGCCGGCUGCCCCGGGUCCGAGCCCGAGAACGUCGCCCGCGAUCUGGUCCACGUCGCGGCCGGAAACGAGCACGCCGGCGAGUCGGCGUACCACACGCUCCGACUCAUCCGGCUCAAGCAGCGAAUCCGCAAGUCGGGUCUCCAUGUCCGCCUCUUCCACUCGCCCAAGGAGCUUGGUGAGAUGGUCGAGCGCGAUCUCCGUCUCGCCCUCGACGACGCUUUCUUUGCCGCCCAGGGCCUACCCGUCGGCUCCACAUCCGCCAGCGGUUCCGGCGAGCACCUUUCCGAGACGCUCCCGCGCCAGUUUGAGGCCAAUCCGUGGAUGGCGGAUGUGAAAGUGCCGAACAUCCGCGGGCCCGAUGGCGGUGUCGCCGACGCUAUUGUCGCCUUUCUCACCGCGCAGCACGUCACGCCGCUCGAGCGCAUCGCCGUCGUCGAGGCCGAGGCCGGUGCCGGCAAGAGCCUCGCCAUGACGACUGCGUUUUCUUCCCUCGUCGCGUCCGAGUCGGACGUCAUUGCCGCGUGGCAGGUGACUUGUGGUGAAGCCGUUGUCGACGUGCUCUGCGGCCUGGUUGCUGCGCUCGCCGCGCAGCUCCCGCAGCUGGCAGCCGAGCGGCCACCGGCGUCGCUGGCCGAAGCGUCGACGGCGUACAUCAACACAGUCCGAUGGGCAACCAACGCCGCCAAGCGAGUGCUGAUCAUGGUCGACGGGCUCGACGAACUGGCCAGCACCGUAGGCCUAUCCACGCUUGUCUUUGACCGGCGCGUGCCGGAGAACGUGGCACUCGUUGUCUCGCGCGCGCCGGGCACCGUUCGCAUUCUCGACAGUCUCCCGCACACGCUUCGGCCCACGCCGUGGACGCCCGAGCAAAUUGCCACCUUUGCAGCGGCCUCGCUCAAGUCAGUCGGCAAGACACUCUCACCGGUCCAGAUGGACAUGAUUCAGUUAGCACCGGCAGCGCGGCUUCCGCUCUUCACCACCGUCCUCCUCGGUGAGCUGAAGGUGUACGGAGACUUUGAAGCGCUUGAUGCGCAUCUGGCGUGGCUCGCGUCGCUUGACUCGCCCGAGGCGCUGCUUGGAGAGCUCUUUGCGCGGUGGGAGGCCGAGUUUGAAGGCCCGAGCGGGCUGCGUGCCGGGACGGUCCGCGAGGCGCUCUGGCUCGUUCAUUUCUCGUCGGGCGGGGUGCGUGAGGAUGAGCUCCUUGCCAUGCUCUCGGUCGGCGAUCGGGUGGUGUGGCGGCCGUUUGCGCGCGCUCUAGCGCCGCUGCUCCGGACCACCCGCUCCCGGCUCCGGUUUGCGCAUCCAACAACCUCGGCAGCGCUGACGAGCAAGUUUGCGGUCCCCGCAUCGCUGCUGAAGACCUUUGUGGGCUACUUUGAAGAGAUGGCAGCGUCGCCGGCAGCGCGUCGGAACGAGGAUGCUCUUGGGCGGGCAGGAGGCGAGAUCUAUGGUGCACUCCUUCACGCCGAGCCGUCGACAUACAGGGCGGCACGUCUGGAGGCCAACAUGCAAAGUGUCCCGCUGUUGCUGGGCAUGUACUCGGGCUCGGGCAUGCCGCCCGAGGUGCUGCUGCGAGUGUUCAAGACGGUGCUGGGCGAGGAGCUGGCCGGGCUUGAUGAUGCGCUCGAGGCGGCGCUGAGGGCGUACAUUGACGAGUCGGGUGGGCGAGUGACCCGCGACAUGCUUGCCGACGCGCAGCUGCGGGUGGGUGUGCUCCUUCGCGAAGUCGGCCAGCUCCGUGGAGCCGCGCGGGUCCUCAAGGCUGCGCUGGACACAUGCUCACGGGCGUACGGCUCGAGCCAUGAAAAAACCGGCGAUGUGCUGGUGGCACUUGCCAGCAUCGGUGGUGACGGCUCGCUGGACUACAUCGAGCGGGCAGAGCUUGUGCUCAACCGGGCGGUCGGCCCGCGCGACGCCAAGCGCGGACGAGUGCUCUGCACCAAGGGCCUUCUUCUCAAGAAGGCCGGCAAGUACGACGAGGCGCGCGCCGCAUAUGAGGCUGGGCUGGUGGUGCUCGAGGCUGCAAUUGGGGCUUUUGCGCCCGAGACCACGCGCGAGCUUCGUCGGCUGGGCGACGUGUUGCGCAAAAUGUCCAAGUGGGCCGAGGCCAAGGCUGUGUACGACGCAGUCUUCGCCGCUACGGUUCGCGUCUUUGGUGAGCGGCACGUGGCAGCGGCCGAGGCGCUCGCUGCCAUCGGCAACGUCUCCAAAAAGCAAGGCAAGUACACGGCGGCGCUCGAUGAGUACGGGCGGGCGCUGGCGACCGCCGAGGCUAUCCUCGGUCCUCGGGCGCCGCUGGUGGCAGACUUGCAGGCAGCACUCGGUGACGUCCAUCGACUUCUAGGGAACUACCCGGCAGCGGCGGAGGCGUACGCGCGGGCGCUCGAGAUUCGCGAAGCCGCCCUUGGGCCCGAGCACGGUGACGUCGGCGAGACUCUUCUGGCGCUCGGCAAGAUCGCCAAGAAGCGGGGCGAGUACGGCCAAGCGAUGGAGUUGUACGACCAGGCCCAGAGUGUGCUCGAGAAUGCGCUCGGCAGCGAGCACCCCAAGGUGGCGCAGGUGGCGCAAUGCCAGGGCGACGCGCUGCGCAAGCUGAAGCGGCUCGACGCGGCCGAGGCGCGGUACUGUGCGGCGCGGGCCAUCAACGAGCGCGCUGGCCUCGCUGGCGAGGUGGCUGAGAAUGACAAUGGCAUUGCACUGGCGCAGCUGGCUCGGCCGACGUUUGGACCAAGCUCGGCGCCGGCCAUCGCCGAUCGUAUCGCAGCCGCCCUCGACGCCUUUGAGCGCUGGUUCGGCGCCUCGCAUCCAAAGAAGGCGCAGGCACUCAACACGUAUGGUAUCUUCUGCAAGAUGACUGGCGAUCUCGAGGGGGCGCAGGCCGCGUACGAGGCCGCCAUGGCCAUCAACGUCGCCGCCUUUGGUCCACGGCACAUCGAAGUCGCCGAGAACCACGCCAACCUUGCCGCCGUCGCCGCCGCGUCUGGCAACCGUCGCGAGGCGCGGGUCCUCCUCUCGAGGGCCAUAGGAGUGGCUGAGGAGGUCUUUGGCACCGCCGCUGCCGCGCGAGUCAAGACCGAUGUGUGGGUGGCACGGUGGCACUCGUCGCUCGGCCGCCUUGGCGCCAACCGACCAACCAUGUCGGAUGACGAGGACGUGGCGGCUUUGCUAGCCGGACUGGAGGCGAGCUCGUCUGAGGGAUCACUGGACAUGGACAUGCUCAAUCAGUUGAAUGCGCUUGACAACGCAGAUACGCUGGCGAUGCUUGCAGCGCUGGGAGGUGAUGACGGCGAUGAUGGUGAUGGCGGUGACGAUGCUGAGAGUGAGAGCGAGGAUGCGCUGGCGAUGCUAGCAGCGCUUGAAGAAGACGAUGACGACGACAACGACGGGGACGGAGGUGGCCAGGACAAUGGCGAGAGCGAGGAUGCGCUGGCGAUGCUAGCAGCGCUUGAAGAAGACGAUGACGACGACAACGACGGGGACGGAGGUGGCCAGGACAAUGGCGAGAGCGAGGAUGCGCUCGCGAUGCUAGCAGCGCUUGAAGAAGACGAUGACGACGAUGACGACGGAGACGACAAGGAGGGCGAUGAGAGCGAGGACGCUCUCGCAAUGCUCGCCGCGCUCGAAGACGAGGACGACGAUGACGGUGGUGGCACCAACAAUGAUGGUGAUGACAAGGACAAUGGCGAGAGCGAGGAUGCAUUGGCAAUGCUCGCGGCUUUGGAGGACAAGUCAAGCGAUGACGAAGUGACCAUUGUCGAGGCCAAGAAGGAGGGUAAGACAGUUGACGAUGCCGACGACUUGCUGGCGUUUAUCGACGACGAGCUUUCGGAUGAUGGGUCUGAGUCGUCGUCGUCGGACAUUGUGGUGAACGAGGAUGGCAAGGCGUGGAGCCUGGACGAGUCAGCCACGGGCGAGAAGCAGAUGGACAUGGCGGCCAAGACGUUGCGCACUGUGCGCGACCUUGUGUGUAGCGUGUGCUCGCUCAAGGCGAGUCAGGCGGAUCUGCUGCAGCACGCAGUGCCGAUGCGUGAUGUCCUUCAAGAGUACACAGCGUACUGCAUGGAUCAGCUCUCCGAGAGUGAGAGCGACGAAGCAGUCUAUCGCAACUCGAUGGUCUCGACUGCUUGUGACAACAUCAUGGGCGCGGCGCAGACGCUCGUGCUCUCGUCAAACUCACUGCUCACUGACCGCGACAACCUCGAGGCGUGGGACGGGCAGCGCGAUGCCAUCCGCGCCUUGGCGACUGCGAUGCAGAUCACGUUUGAGGCUGUGCCCGACAAGAUCAAAGUCUCUCAGUACGAGCACGACGUUCAGGAUGCACUCGUCCUCCGCCGAAACGCGCUUGCUGCCAAGUCUGAGCAGCUGCGCCAGGCCAUGGAGGCCGACGGACGCGAGGCCAAGGAAGCGGCGGAGCGUGCUGCGCUCCAGCGGGAGCAAGAGGCACAGCUGGCCAAGGCUGAAGAGGAGGCGCGACUUGCUGCCGAGGCCGAGGCCAAGGCCAAGGCUGAGGAAGAGGCACGGCUAGCUGCAGAGGCGGAAGCGAAGGCCAAGGCUGAGGAAGAGGCGCGACUUGCUGCCGAGGCGGAAGCCAAGGCCAAGGCUGAGGAAGAGGCGCGACUUGCUGCAGAGGCGGAAGCCAAGGCCAAGGCUGAGGAAGAGGCGCGACUUGCUGCCGAGGCGGAAGCCAAGGCCAAGGCUGAGGAAGAGGCGCGACUCGCUGCAGAGGCAGAAGCCAAGGCCAAGGCAGAAGAGGCGCGACUUGCUGCAGAGGCGGAAGCCAAGGCCAAGGCCGAAGAAGAGGCGCGACUUGCUGCAGAGGCCGAGGCCAAGGAAGCAGCGGAGCGUGCUGCGCUCCAGCGGGAGCAAGAGGCACAGCUGGCCAAGGCUGAAGAGGAGGCGCGACUUGCUGCCGAGGCCGAGGCCAAGGCCAAGGCUGAGGAAGAGGCACGGCUAGCUGCAGAGGCCGAGGCCGAGGCCAAGGCCAAGGCUGAGGAAGAGGCGCGACUUGCUGCCGAGGCGGAAGCGAAGGCCAAGGCCGAAGAGGAGGCGCGACUUGCUGCCGAGGCGGAAGCCAAGGCCAAGGCCGAAGAAGAGGCGCGACUUGCUGCCGAGGCGGAAGCCAAGGCCAAGGCUGAGGAAGAGGCGCGACUUGCUGCCGAGGCGGAAGCCAAGGCCAAGGCCGAAGAAGAGGCGCGACUUGCUGCCGAGGCGGAAGCCAAGGCCAAGGCCGAAGAAGAGGCGCGACUCGCUGCAGAGGCAGAAGCCAAGGCCAAGGCCGAAGAAGAGGCGCGACUUGCUGCAGAGGCCGAGGCCACAGAGCCACCCCCACCACCCAUGUCUAUCCAGCUCACACCACAAGACCAUGCCGCCGCCUCCGAGUCGUCGGCGUCAUCGAUCGACGUUGCGGCUUUUGCCUCGUCCGAUGCCUCGUCGUCCGCACUGGCACCAGCGUCGUUGUCAAGCGAGGUCGAUUUUGGCGAUCUCAUGGAGUCGUCCUCAGCCGAUGACGAGGCUGCGCUGCUUGCUCAGAUGGAGGCCGACGCACGCGAUGAGGCUUUACGGGCCUCGGCCCGCUCGCGUGCCACACCUGCUCCGGUGCCACCACCGUCGCCUGCGUCUGCCCCCGCGACCGACUCGCUCGACGCCAUGGCCAUGGCCGACCUGGCGGCCGAGAACGAGCGACUGGAGUCGCGCGUGGCAGCCGCAGAAGCUGAGCGGAGCGCGGCUGCGCAGGACGCGGUCGCCCCUGGCGACACGGCCGCCCUGCGCGAGCGAAACGCUGAGCUCAAGCGUGAGUUGGCACACAUCCGCUCCGAGGUCGCCGCCCUCCAGCUCCAGGCUCCGGCUGACGCUGCUGUCGCCGAGCUGAAGCAGGAGAAUGACAUGCUGGAGGAUGACAUCGACGCUCUCCGCCGCCGCAAAGUCGAGUUGAUGGACAGGCUCGAGGGCCGCUCGACGCAGUACGCCAAGGAGCAAUCGCUGCUUGCCAAGCACAAGGCCGAGCUCGAGUCGCUGCUUGCCAGCCUCCACGCCGAAGUCCGGACCGACACCGCCAAGCUUGCCGAGCUCGAGGACGCCAUUGAGGCGCUCGAGGCCCAGGCUCGCACCACCGCGCUCGAGCUGAAGGAACAGAUUCGGAUCGCGGCUGCCGACCGCGACUCGGUUCGAACCGCCAAGGCCCGCCUCGAGGACAAGCAGCUUGUGCUCCAGCGCGACAUCGGGUCGCUCGAGGCCGAGCUCGAGGAGACGCUCGCUGCCAAGAACGCACUCGUCACCGAGAACGAGGCGCUCGAGGCGUCGAUCGCCCAGGCCGACGAGUUCCUCACCUACCGCACCUCGGUCCUCGAGUCGGCGCGGGCGGCGGCACUCUCGCAGCAGCGCUCGUGCGAGACGCGCAAGCGUGAGCUAGACACCAAGUACCGAGCGCUCAAGGAGCAGGUCGACGAGACCGAAGCCGAGAUCCAGGCUGUCGCCAGCCACGCCAACGAGCUCACGGCGCUCUCCACCGCCGCCUAUCAUGAGCUCGAGUCGAACCUCGAGGCACUUCAUGCCGCCCGGGCCGCCCAGGGUCGCCGCAUGGCCGAACAACAGGCCCGUGCCAUGGACGCCGCCCGCGAUCUCGAGCGUGUCCGCGCCGCCGCCGCCGAGCAGCGGACCGCCCUUGCCCAAGCCACCGCCGCCACCGAGCAGCUGCAGGCGCUCGCUGAGCUUGCCACCACAGCCGCCGCCGAGAAGGAAGCCCUCGACGAGCUCAACGCCGAGCUGGCCACCGCCCGCAACCGCGCCGCCGCCGCCGCCGCCCUCGUCGAGCAGCGUGAGGCCGAGGCCCGCGCCUCACGCCACCACACCGAGGCCGCCAUGGCACGCUCACUCCGCGAGCUCGACGCACUCGCCGCUGCUUCCGCCGACGCCGACGCCGCGCCGCCGCUCUCGCCGCCCCGCCCACGCCCCCGCGGCACGCCUGCCGCGGCUACUGCGCCGUCGUCACUCCCGGCGCCGCCCACCACACUGGAAGAGAUCCAAGCCGAGAUCGACGCUGUCCGCGCCAAGCUGGCCGGCAGCAGCCCGCCCGACGUCGGCCAGCGACCCGGACUCCGGUCGGCGUCUUCGGUCGACGCGCCACGGUUCGAGACGGUGCCGCGACUGGGCUCCACUGGACUGAGUGCGGCGAGGCCGGCACGGGGCGGUGGGCCGGCGCGGAUCUCGUCGCUCCUUGACUUGCCUGCGUUGUCCCAGACAAGGCCCGGACCGACCGCGUCGCGCACGCAGUACGGAGUUCGGCGGAGCGGGCGGUCGCCGUUUCUGCCCGACUCGGCACUGCCCGGCAGCGGCAUUGGCACGCGGCCGCGGAGCGUGGCGGCAGCAACAGCGGCAUCGACGCGGUUCUCAUUCCUUUGAGAGAAGCGCGUUUACCUCGAUGACGAUGUGGGAGGUCGGUGGAGCUACUCGGCGCAGCUGGCACAGACACGCGACUCGUCGCGCAUGUAAAACUUAGUCCCGA